AUGUGGGGUAAUAGAGUAGUCGUCCCAGCCAAACUGAGAGAGAGAGUUUUGGAAACGCUUUAUGAGGGUCACAUUCGUAUGGUAAAGAUGAAGGGUUUGUCCUGGGGCUUUGUUGGGUGGCCAAGCAUUGACAAGGACAUAGAAGGGGCCAUCCUAAACUGUGAGGGAUGUCAGGAGUUGGCAAAUAAUCCAGCCCGUGCACCCCUGCAUAAAUGGGAGUACCCUUCCCUUCCCUGGCAAAGACUUGACAUUGACUUUGCUGGACCAGUUCAGGGAAAGAUGCUCAUGGUAAUGAUUAAUGCCCACAGCAAGUGGCCGGAGAUUUUUGUGAUGGAGAUAACUACUGCUGAGGAAACCGUUAGCACGCUGCGCUUUCUGUUUGCCCGCAUGGGACUCCCUGACCAGAUUGUGUCAGACAAUGGUCCACAGUUCACGUCUGAAACCUUUAGGAAAUUUGCAACUGCGAACGGUAUAAAGCAUGUCACUGGUGCACCUUACCAUCCAUCAACCAAUGGUCAGGCAGAAAGAUUGGGUCGGAAUGUUGAGACAAGGUUGGACCUGAUUAAGCCGGAUGUUACAAGGGAAGUUAACAAGAGGUUGCUCCAGUCCUAUGACCGCACUUUGAAGUAUUUUGACCAAAACCAGAACAUAUGGGUCCGCAACUACCGCAUAGCUCCAAAAUGGGUGUGUGGCAUCGUCGUUGAACAAACGGGUCCAGUCCUGUACAAAGUCAAGGUAAAUGAUCAAACCUGGAAACGACAUGUCGAGCAGCUACGGGAUAGCAACCUUUGCCCACCUGACGUGGAAACGAUUGAUGAUUGUGCUGUUCUGAAGGAGGUCCAACAUGUCAUGCCGCCUGGAGUUACGGAGACCGAGCGGAAGGAUGCACCACCUUUGGCUGUGACGCCCAUUGGGGAGUUUUCCUCUCCAGAACAACAAGGUCAUCAACUAGAUCCAAAACCUAGUA